AUGGCUUCCCAAUCCUCCAUCCACGCUCCUUUCGAGCGAGAUGCUACUCGAAUUCACUCCAAAACGAUGAUAUGUCUUUUCCUAACCACAACCCAGGCCGUUAACAUCAUAUAUCUGACACAAAUCCUCUCUCUCGUCGGCACAGGCCUCUUGGCAAACACCAUGGCCCAAGUCGCCGGUGGUACUGGACAGACUGUCUGGUACUCAUCCUGCAUCACGAUCCUCACCGUCGUCCUAAAUCCCCCCAUCGGUCAAGUCGCUGACUACUGGGGCCGGAAAGCCAUCCUUGUCGUUAUGCCACUUGCUGGCGUUGUGGGUAGCAUCAUCGUGUCCCGUGCUCAAAGUUCCGGAACUCUCAUCGCCGGGUUCGCUAUCUUGGGUCUCAAUUAUGGAAGCCAGUCCCUCUCUGUUGCUGUCAUGUCCGAAAUUCUUCCUCGACAUUAUCGACCUAUUGGACAAGCUGUUGGAAGUGUAUCGACCGCGCUUGGUGCUAUCAUUGCCUUACUCAUGGGGGGCGGACUUCUCCGUCACGGCGACAACUCCAACUAUCGCAUCUUCUGGUAUGUGACGGCCGGUCUUUACGCUCUUGCAUCUCUGGGCUGUCUCAUUGGAUACAACCCUCCGCCUCGAGACCUACAAGUCUCCCUCGAUGUAUCACAGAAGCUCAAGAGCCUUGACUGGGUAGGAUAUGCAUUGUUCGCCCCAGCCCUCGUCCUUUUCUGCAUAGCCCUAUCAUGGUCUCAGAACCCGUACUCCUGGGACAGCGCCAACAUUCUCGCACCUUUUAUCAUCAGCAUCGUCGCACUGAUUAUCUUCAUCGUGUAUGAGUGGAGGUUCAAGAAGGACGGCAUGCUUCACCAUGAGCUAUGGAGGCACAGAAACUUCGCCAUCUCCCUAUUUGUCAUCUUUGUUGAAGGUAUUGCUUUCUUCGCAGCAAACUCCUAUUUCGUCUUCCAAAUCUCUCUCGUCUACGAUGUCAGCUUCCUCUCAGGUAGUGUCAACUUCGCCAUCCUAUUCAUCGCAGCGGGCGUGUUCUCUCCUGUCUUUGGAUUAUGGUCCUCUAAACGCAAGACUCUUCGACCACCACUCGUCUUGGGCGCCAUAUGCCUUCUCGCUUUCUUCAUUUUACUGGCAACUUCAAAGAUUGACACUCCUCGGUAUGCUUUCUGGAUAUAUCCUAUCCUCCCUGGCAUUGCGCUCCCUUCCAUUGUUCCAUUGUCCAUGGUUUCUGCGCAAUUCGCAACAACGCCGGAGCUGAUCGCUCUGACCUCUGCGCUCAUGACCAGCAUCCGCAGUCUAGGAGGCUCUAUUGGUCUGGCAAUCAACAAUGCUGUUCUCCACAAUGCCCUGGAUAAAGAGCUGCCCAAAAAGAUUGCAGAGGCAGCUCUACCAUUAGGACUACCUACUUCGUCUCUUCCUGCACUUAUCCAAGGGUUAGCUUCCCAGAACAAACAGGCAGUGGCUGCCGUCCCUGGCCUUACACCUGAAAUCGCGCAGGCCGCAGUCCUAGAACAAGAAUCCGAGUUUGAUGCAAGCAUUGAUGCACCUGUUGAGAUUAAUUCCAAGACCAUGGAAAUGGACCAGAUCGUGCCGACAAAUAUGCAGGAGAAGCAGUUUGAGAGCAGGGCAGAAGUGAGCCACCAGGAGAACAGUAGCUCUUGA